AUGGCUUUUGGGGAGAUCCUGAAGAUCAUUGGUGAUUUCGGAUUAUUCCAGAAACUCAUUCUUCUUGGAUUAUCUUUCCCGAAUUUCAUCCUGCCCCUUUAUUUUUGUAGUUUUCUGUUCAUUGAAUCCGAUCCGGUGCGCCACUGUAACACAGACUGGAUCCUGGGAGCCGAUCCGAACCUGACAUCAGGGGAGCAGCUGAACCUGACUGUACCCCGGGAGCAGGAUGGGAGCUUCAGCCGGUGCCGGAUGUUUGUUCCUGUGGACUGGAACAUCAGUGAGAUCAGACAGCGUGGACUCAAUGAGACCACUGAGUGUGUGAGUGGGUGGGUGUACCACAGCUCGCUCUACACCUCCACCAUAGUCACCGAUUUUGAUCUGGUGUGUGGCAAAUCCAACAUGGCGGAAGUUACACAGACAAUCUCAAUGGCUGGUUUUCUCGCUGGCUCUUUUAUGUUCGGACCUUCUGCUGAAUCGUACGGCCGCCUGAGAACCACACAGAUUCCCACGGUGCUCAUGAUGGUAUUCAUCAUCGUGUCCGCCCUGUCUCCAAACCACUACGUCUUCCUGGUGGCUCAGUUCAUGCUCGGCUCUGGGCUGGCUGGGUACCGGAUCAAUGCCACAGUCUUAGCUACCGAGUGGAUCGGUGUCACCAAGCGUUCCUUUGCCUCCUGCGUGAGUCAGAUGUUUGCUUGUGCCGGACAGUGUGCCAUGGCCGGGAUCGUCUAUUUUAUCCGUGACUGGAGGGUGGCACAGUUUGCCAUUGCUGGAUUACAGGCCCUGGUUUUCAUAUAUAUAUGGUUCAUCCCCGAAUCUGCCAGGUGGCUGCUGGAGCGAGGAAGGACUGAAGAAGCAAAGACACUGAUCAGAAAAGUUGCUGCAAUUAAUAAAAGAAAUAUUCCUGAGGAUUAUUUGCACAAGGUGAAAGAGGAAGGACCGGUCCAAAAGGGUAGAAUCCGAGCUCUACUCAGCUCUGGGGUCCUGAUGAAGUAUUUGGCCAUCGUAUCGUUUGCUUGGUUUUCUCUCAACCUGGGAUACUUCUGCCUCUCACUGAACGUGGGGAAGUUCGGCCUGAGCAUUUUCCUGGUGCAGUUUCUGUUCGGAGCGUGUGAGACUCCGGCUCACCUCCUCUGCAUCCUCUUCCUGGAGCUGACCGGAAGAAAACGGUCCCUGAUCCUGACUCUGCUAGCCGGAGCGUUUGUCUGCCUCUUGACUCUGGCGUUUCCACAAGAGAAUGCUGCUGCGAUCACGGCUCUCGUGACAGUCGGGAAGUUCUUCCUGAACUGGGCCGGCUCCAUUUGUAUGGUUUACAUUCAGGAGCUGUUUCCCACGUCAGUCAGGCAAACGGCUGUGGGCUUGGGUUCCAUCGCCUUUCGAAUAGCUGGCCUUCUGUCUCCUUCAGUCAACAUGCUGGCUGUGUACCACUGGGCAGCGCCCAUCAUCAUCUUCAGCAGCCUCACCGCGCUCAGUGGAGCUCUUGUCUUUCUACUUCCGGAAACCAGACGAACGGAGCUGCCGGAUUCUGCCGCCGAGGCAGAAGGGACCAGAAACACAAGCACCAAGAACAUGGAGAGCAGAUCUAACCUGGAAGGACAUUUUUCACCAAAAUCCACAAAACUCUAG